ACCGUUUGGUGGGUGUGGCGGGGUGUGGCUUGAAGGAAUGUGACGUAUUCAAAGGCAGCUGCCAUGCUUAUAGCGUUCUCCCACUCCUCACGUUUUUUUUAACUGAUCGUUCAGAACAACACAAUUUAGUUUAACGUUCCACACUGUUUUUUCGUAGGCCUACUGAACACGGUGCACAGAUCCACAAGGACAUGAUCGCCGCUCUCCUAAAAAACACCCAUCGACGUCUUCUAUAGAACCUAGGCUUUCGGACGGACAUCACUAGGGGUAAGAAAGCAGUGGCAGAGUAAGGAACUCUCUGAUAACUGUUGCCCUACACACCAACAGCGGGGCCACAAUGAAUGGACCUUUCUCUUGAAGCCCUGGACUCUGACAACACACGCAAGUGUUAGUGCAUCCAUGAUAUACAGGAGCCAUGAUUCCUGUGACGGAGUUCCGACAGUUUUCGGAACAGCAGCCACAGUUCCGGGUUCUGAAGCCCUGGUGGGAUGUGUUCACAGACUACCUCUCUGUGGUCAUGCUAAUGAUCGGAGUGUUCGGAUGCACCUUACAGGUGAUGCAGGACAAAAUCAUCUGCCUUCCCCAAAGAAUGUCCAUGCCGAACCAAACAAAUAAAACCGAGCUGGUCUCAUCCGCUGUGCCACAGGAAAUGCACGAGAUGAUGGGCCUGAAAACCAACCUGGACCUCCAGCAGUACAGCUUCAUCAACCAGAUGUGCUACGAGAAGGCUCUGCACUGGUACGCCAAGUACUUCCCUUACCUGGUCCUCAUACACACCCUGAUCUUCAUGGUGUGUAGCAACUUCUGGUUCAAGUUCCCAGGCUCCAGCUCUAAGAUAGAGCAUUUCAUCUCCAUCUUGGGAAAGUGCUUUGACUCCCCCUGGACUACCAGAGCUCUGUCUGAAGUUUCUGGAGAGAACCCGGAGGAGAAGGAUAAGAAGUGCAGUGCCAGUAGAGCAAUCCUCAACGUGUCUGUAGAGGGGAACCUGGACGACCUGGAGAAGACCCAGUCCCUCAAAUCCAUCCCAGAGAAGAUUGUCGUGGACAAGCCCACGGCUAGUGCCCUGGAAAAGAAGGAAGGAGAGCAAGCCAAAGCUCUGUUUGAGAAGGUGAAGAAGUUCCGCCUGCAUGUUGAGGAGGGGGACAUCCUCUAUAUUAUGUAUGUUCGCCAAACUGUUCUCAAAGUGAUGAAGUUCCUCCUCAUCAUCGCGUAUAACAGUGCGUUAGUCUCGGAGGUGCAGAUCACAGUGAAGUGCAAUGUGGACAUGCAGGACAUGACGGGAUAUAAGCAUUUCUCCUGUAAUCACACCAUGGCCCACCUGUUCUCCAAGCUGUCAUACUGUUACCUAUGCUUUGUGGCUGUGUAUGGAUUCACCUGCCUCUACACUUCCUACUGGCUCUUCUACCGCUCGCUGAAGGAAUACUCCUUUGAAUACGUACGGCAGGAAACGGGAAUCGAUGACAUCCCAGACGUGAAGAAUGACUUUGCCUUCAUGCUGCACAUGAUCGACCAGUAUGACCCACUAUACUCUAAGAGAUUCGCAGUGUUCCUAUCAGAGGUCAGUGAAAACAAACUGAAACAACUGAACCUGAACCAUGAGUGGACGCCAGAGAAGCUGCGUCAGAGACUGAUGACCAACCACAACAACAGACUGGAGCUGCAGCUCUUCAUGCUGUCUGGGCUUCCAGACACCAUCUUUGAGGUGACAGAGCUCCAGUCCCUGAAGCUUGAAAUCAUCAACAACGUAACCAUCCCAGCCUCCAUCGCCCAGCUUGAAGACCUUCAGGAGCUUUCUCUGUAUCAGUGUUAUUUAAAGAUCCAUGCCACAGCCACCUCCUUCCUCAAAGAGAACCUCAAGGUACUCAGGGUGAAGUUUGAUGACAGCAGAGAGCUGCCUCAUUGGCUGUACCACCUGCGGAAUCUAGAGGAGCUCUACCUCAUUGGCUCACUGAGUCCUGACGCUUCUAAAAAUGUGGUUCUGGAGUCCCUGAGGGAGCUGAAGAAUCUGAAGACCCUGUCACUCAAAAGUAACUUUACAAAGAUCCCCCAGUCCAUUGUGGACGUGUCCAGCCACCUGCAGAGGCUGUAUGUCUACAACGACGGCACUAAGCUGGUGAUGCUCAACAAUCUGAAGAAGAUGGUGAACCUGACUGAACUGGAGUUGGUGCACUGUGACCUGGAACGCAUCCCACAUGCUGUCUUCAGCCUCACGAACCUACAGGAGUUGGACCUGAAGGAAAACAACCUGCACUCCAUCGAGGAGAUAGUCAGCUGCCAGCACCUCCGCAAGCUGACGUGCCUGAAACUCUGGCACAACAGUAUCUGCUACAUCCCAGAACACAUCAAGAAGCUGGGCAGCUUAGAGCGCCUCUACUUCAGUUACAACAAGAUUGAGAUCUUGCCCUCGCACCUGUUCUUAUGCAACAAGCUUCGUUACCUGGACCUGUCCAACAACGACAUCCGGUUUAUUCCGCCGGAGAUUGGUGUCCUACAGAGUCUUCAGUACUUCUCCGUCACAUGCAACAAGAUUGAGAACCUCCCAGACGAGCUGUUCUUUUGCAAGAAGCUCACAACCCUCAAGCUGGGCAAGAAUACGCUGUCAUUGCUCUCACCAAAGAUCUCAUACCUGGUUCUAUUGACACACCUGGAACUGAAGGGCAACCAUUUUGAACUCCUGCCUCCAGAGCUUGGGUUCUGCCGGGCAUUGAAGCGCGGUGGCCUAAUGGUGGAAGACGCUCUGUUUGAAACCUUGCCAUCGGAAAUCCGAGACAAAAUGAAGACUGAGUGAAAUGUCUUACAAUAUCUGUGCAAAAGGCCCUGCGAUAGACUAGCGUCCCGCCCAGGGGGUAUACUUCAAGCUGCAUUAAACUAUAUAAAAAAAGUGAUAGGACAGGAGCCAAUGUGUUAUUCUGGCUCGGACAAGCCAACUUACUUGACUGUUCAAAAAUAAAAAGCCAGUUUGUCUGGCAAUCCUAGUCAACCAAAAUGGUCGAUUUUACUGUAUUACACAUCGCAAUCAAAAUCUAAGCACUGUACCCUAAGUUUGUUUAUAGGGGGCAGAUGUGAUAAUCAUGGGUGACUGUUUUUAGUAUUAUGUCGAAGUCUUACUUCAUGACAGAAGGGAACAUGGCAUUUUGUUGUAAUUAAAUGGUUCUUAACAAUAGGGUUAGUCACAGGCAAGGUGUACUUGUACCCAGGCUAAUAUUUGCUCCUUAUUCUCUGUCAUAUGCCACACAAUGUUUGGCAUGACAUGGCGUGGCAAGGAAUGGAAGGAUAGCACAAACAUAUCUGUUUUCUUCUGUUACAUGUAGUUGCUAGUUGACAUAUGUUAAUCACUCGUUGCACCUUUUCUGCAUUUUUCUUAUGUUAUGCUAAUUAAGGCCUGCUUUUUAUGGCUAUUGCAUUGCUGCUUGAAUACUUUUCAUUUAAUUUUUAAUUUUAUUUUUAUAUUGUUUGCCUGCCAUGUGCUGUGCUAUGCUAUGUAGCCCCUGCUAGCCUAGCCUGCUCUAGCUUUGGCCUUCUGUGCCACGUGCUAUUGCACCCUCUUUUCCAUUCGAUUUGUUGUAUUGCUGCUAUAUUUAUGUACAAGCUUUACUAAUUUACAUUGCAUUUGUAUAUUGUCAUUUGAAAUUCAUACAAAUUACAUCAAUGAGUUAUGCACAUUA